GCGAAGUCUCGGUGGGGAUCAGGAUGGCGGUGUCCGGGACACUGGCCGUGAGGGUCCAUCGCCUCGAGGCCUCGCUGGCCCAGAGCGGAGGGCCGGAGGCCAGGUACGGCAUACGGCUGGCCGUGGGCGAUAACGUGCACGACACGCGGUUCGCGCCCGUCGGCCACAACAAACUCAUCGAGAUCAACGAGGCCCUGCACUACGACAUGCAGGCGACGGCGGAGUCUGAGGAAGUCACGAUUGAAGUGCUCCAGCAAGAUCAGGCAAAGCCGCUGGUGUCCGCUAGGCGGAGCCUGAAGGAGUUCGUGCAGGACUCCCACGACAGCAAGAUGACGUUCAUGUUCGGCCCCGUCUCGGCGCCCAACACGAUGCAUCUGGUCUUCAGCGCCGACUGGACGCCGGCCGAGCAGUCGUCGACCAAGACGCUGGCCGCGGCCGAGACGCACCGCCCCUGGUUCAUGCGCGCGUCGUACUACUACGAAACGACCAAGAGCGUGUACGACUACACGACCAGCUUCCGCGUCGUGAAGCCGUUCGCCCGUCUGGGUGAGGCCACGGUGAACACGGUGCUGGCCACGGUCUCGGGCAAGACGCUCUACGACGUGGACCAGUCGCUGGUGGUGCCGGUGCUGGACUCCAUGGACAAUAAGGUGGACGCCACCAUCUCGGUGGCCUUCACGAAGCUCUACGAGGGCCAGCAAAUGGCCGUGAGGACCAAGGACAGGGCUGUUCGCGCCGUGUCCAACGUCGCCCACAAGACGGGCAGCACGGUGGUCGGAGCGGCCAACUACACGACGCACAAGGUGGCGUCGGCGACGGGGGCCGUGUACGGCACUGUGACCGGCGUGGCCGACUACGCGAGUUCCCAGGUGGUGCACGCGUCGUCGUCGACCUACGGAGCGGUGCGCGGGGUGACCUAUUCUGUUGCGAGGCAUAUACCAAUACUCGGGCCCAAAAUACGGGCGUGAGGUGGGGAGCCGACAGCAGGUCACCCCACCGGUAACGGGAACCAACAAGUGAGCGCUGCGCGCAGCUCACGUCCGAGUGCAUGCGGAGGAGAAAACCAAGCGAAACAAGCAGAAAAAACAACGUGACGGGACAAGAAAGUGGAGUAUAAGCGGCGUGCGGUGAGGCGCACGGGCCGUGGGGAGGACUGGGAGCGCGACGACGGAGCGGCGUAGCAGGCCACGAACUAGCUAAAUAUGUGUUGCUGCGUGGGCGAGGACCUCCAAGCAUGACGCCGGCUCCUCCAACGUAUGAGGGGAGUUCUGAUUGCGAGUGCUUGGACCGCGAGGGAACGGAGAGAGAGAUGACCGCGGGCUCGAUUCCGACAGAUAGGGACCAACAAUUUUAUGCAACGGGGUCCACGUAGCGAGAAAGCAAUGAAUAUAAAUUGUUUUUCUUCACCUGGAACUU